UGGAGAGAUAGCGCGGGUCGGGUUAUAAAUUACGCGCAGAGAGGCACAGCAACACACGGACAACCCGGACCAUUUCGUUAAAAUACAAGCCCAUUACUACCGCCAACAGACAAUAUAGUCAAACAUUUUCUUCAUAUAAGUAUUUCGUUCCUUUUUUAAGGUACACUCAGGGCGCACAAUGGCAGAAGACAUGGAGGGGAAGGUAUCCAACGGAGAAGCGCAUCUUGAUGAGCCGGUAGCCAACGGACUCCGCCACAAGACGCGUUCCAACGAGACAACCGUGGAGAAAAUAAAGAGGUUAGUCAUGGCCAACUUGCUGGUGAUUCUCACAGUGGCCGGGGUGAUCAUCGGUGUGUUAAUCGGACUUGGUGUGCGCCACAUGGAGCUGAGCAGGACACAGAUCCUCUACGUGAGCUUCCCCGGCGAGCUGCUCAUCCGGUUGUUGAAAAUGAUCAUCAUCCCCCUGGUGGUGUGUAGCCUGGUGUCCGGGGCGGCCAGCAUCGACCCCAAAGCUCUGGGCAAGCUGGGCGGCUGGGCGAUGAUUUUCUUUUUGGUCACCACUUUAAUUGCAUCAGCCAUCGGGGUGAUCAUGGCGUUCAUCAUCUCCCCCGGAUCAAACACCGGCACCAAGCCAAUUUUGUCGGAUGACGGCGAGCUGCCCCAGGCCAAAGAAGUGGUGGACUCCUUCUUGGAUCUGAUCAGAAACAUCUUCCCCUCCAACUUGGUGUCUGCUGCCUUUCAGUCUUACGCUACCAGUUACAAGUUUGUGACCAAGAAUGUCUCGAAUGGCUUGCCCAGCAUCACAGUGGAGAAGGUUCCCUUUGGCACAGACCAGGACGGUAUGAACAUCCUAGGACUGGUGGUGUUUGCCAUAGUGUUUGGUGUGGCCCUGAGGAAGCUGGGAGAGGAGGGAGAGAUCCUCAUCAAGUUCUUCAACUCCUUCAACGAGGCCACCAUGGUGCUGGUGUCCUGGAUCAUGUGGUAUGCCCCCCUUGGAAUCAUGUUCUUGGUAGCAGGGAAGAUUGUGGAGAUGGAGGACGUGGGAACGCUGUUUGCCAGCCUGGGCAAGUACAUCGCCUGCUGUAUCAUCGGCCACGCCGUCCACGGCCUGCUGGUCCUGCCGGGCAUCUACUUUAUCAUCACCCGCAAGAACCCCUACACCUUCCUGUGGGGCAUCUUCACCGCUCUGGCCACCGCCUUUGGCACCAGCUCCAGCUCUGCCACCCUGCCCCUGAUGAUGAAGUGCGUGGAGGAGAACAACGGUGUGUCCAAGCACAUCAGUCGUUUCAUUCUGCCCAUCGGGGCCACGGUGAACAUGGACGGUGCAGCGCUCUUCCAGUGUGUGGCGGCCGUCUUCAUCGCUCAGCUCAACAACAUCCCGCUCAACUUCAUCCAAGUCUUCACCAUCCUAGUGACAGCCACGGCGUCCAGUGUGGGAGCAGCAGGGAUCCCCGCGGGGGGCGUGCUGACGCUGGCCAUCAUCCUGGAGGCAGUGGGACUGCCCACCAGCGACAUCUCCCUCAUCCUCGCCGUCGACUGGCUCGUGGACCGUACCUGCACCAUUCUGAACGUGGAGGGCGACGCCUAUGGAGCCGGGCUGCUGCAGUGGUACGUGGACCGCUCUGACAAGCCCAGGGAGGGGCCGGAGCUAAACGAGGUAAAGCUGGAGGAUGGCACGCCCGCCUUGCCGGAGCAAUCGCCCCUCAUCGAGGAGAAGGAGAGCAGCGCGGGCGACGAUACGGCGGCGGCUCGCGGCUCUGAGAAAGAAUCGGUCAUGUAGAUGGUUCGCUGACGUGUCAUCGAUGACCCUCCGUUUGACUCCUCAAUCAUGCCAGAAAGGAGGGAGAGAGGGCCUUUUUAGACUUCCAUUUAAAGACUUUUCCUUUCCUUGUGUCUUCUCUCUUUCUAAGCGAGACUGAGAGAUCCAGGUAGGGGGGGUUGGUGGGGUGGGGGGGGCAAAGGAGAGCGUGAACAGAGGCUGUUCAGAUUUGAACGUGACAGUGUUUUCGAUUAAGGACUCUAGAUUGGAGUCCUUUGAAUGCUGCUUUGGUUCAGAAGAGCUGGCCCUGACUUCCACUCCCCUUUUUAAAAAAUAUUUAUAACAGUAACCAGUCUUGAAAAGGCAAAUAUCUCCAUGUUUUCUAUAUCACAGCCGCAUGUACAGUUUGUUUCUCUGUGUAUGAAGUAGCCUGCACUAAUUCUCACUGUACUCUGAGAGUAGAUGAUGAAAAUUCCAAAGUUAUCACACAAGAUCCUCUGUACUGUAUGAUGUACCAAAUUAAGUUGAAUCCUAAAUGAUGUUCCACUGCUGGGAGAAAGGACUUUUCUCACACAAGAACUGUGGCUCUGCUCAAUGCUUCUAAUCUGUAGCUGUUUUUAUCCCAAACAUUUCAGUCAGUCUGGGGCCAAGCACAAUAGGGUUUAAACAGUCCAAAUGAAGGCUUCAUGUUCUCACAGUGGUCUUACAAUGUUAAAAGAAUGUGUGAGAGGUGUUGCAAUAGAGAUCCUAUUAAAUUACUAAGAGGGGAAAUGUCAUAUCUCAAAGUUUCAGAAUGGGACAAAAUGGCAGCCAUCUUGGUCAGGGCGAAAGUAAGGCAUGUGAUGCAACAUGAAUUGUGCUAUAUUUGAGCUAGUGUAUGGCUGUGGAUCGACUGCAUUGUUUGAAUAGGAAUGUUGGCAUUUUAGCAGUUAAUUUGAAAAAAUGUAUAGGAUCAUUCCUCAAACUGUCUGGCUAGCUAGCUAAUAGACACAUGGAGUGCAGAUCAAUUUUUGUUUUACACUAUAUUAUCACAGCACUGGCAAACCAUGGUUGACCACCUCCCUGACCAACAUGGCUGACAUUUGGACCUUGAUAAGAAGGUUAAUGUCCAUUCUAGUGUUCAAAUUCUUAAUUCUAUGGGUGUUGCCCUUCCUGUUCCUUCACUAGGCUAAGAGUCGCAGUAACCUAAUGUUGCAUGUCCUAUGUUUAUUGGGGAAUAGGACUUUUGGCAGACGAGUGGGAAGAUAAGUCGGAAGUUACAGUGAGCAAGUCUGAGGCCAUUUAAUUUAGAGGAAUAAAUUAUGAAAUUCUAUUUGUCUCUAUGACAGGUGUAUCAUUUAAAGCAAGGGGUUAUUGACUGUAGGCCGUUUAUCAAUUUGUGUUUAUUUCAUUGCUUUUUUUUCUUUUUUGAAAUGUAUUUCUUGAAUCAGAUAUACUUCAAAGCAGACGAGGCCAGUGGCUGAGUAGGAACAUACUUGUCAGCCUCUUUUUGGAUCAGUUCUACUGUUUUAAAUUGUCUCCAAGCUGGCUUCCCUUCAUCAAGUGAAGAAUGUACCUUACCCAAAUCAUGAACACUUUUUUAAAAAACAUUUUAUUUGUAGACUUAACGUUAUUUGAAAGUUUAUUUUUGCUAGUUAAAUUUGAUGCUUUAAUAAUUUGUUGGUAAUAACUUUUUAUACUCAAUGUUUAUCUGCACAGAGCCGCUUGAAAACCUUUUGGCGAGACAGCAUUUUUAUUUUAUUUAACUAGACAAGUCAGUCCCUAUGGGACACCCGAUCACGGCCGGUUGUGAUACAGCCUGGGAUCAAACCCAGGUCUGUAGUGACACUUCUAGCACUGCAAUGCAGUUUCACCACUUUCAAAGCAGCAGCACCUAUGGGCCAGUUACUUGUGUUCCAGUUCAACACUUACCUGCUCUGUAAACUGUUUUCCUGAGCAAAAAUAAGCGACUCUAAAUCUACUCGCUGAGCUUACUUAUUUUGGGGAAAGUGAUUUACAACGGUAAACCUUCAAUAGUGAACAUACAAGCAAAAUACUGGCUACUUUUUAGCAUUCGUCUUGGCUAUCUUACUGUACUAGCCAGGUUGAUUAAACAAUAAGGCCCGGGGGUGGUAUAUGGGCAAUAUACCACGGUUAAGGGCUGUUCUUAAGCACGACACAACGCGGAGUGCCUGGAUACAGCCCUUAGCCGUGGUAUGUUGGCAAUAUACCACAAAACCUUAUUGCUAUUAUAAACUGGUUACCAAUGUAAUUAGAGCAGUAGAAAUAAAUGUUUUGUCAUGACCGUGGUAUACGGUCUGAUAUACCACGGCUGUCAGCCAAUCACCAUUCAGGGCUCGAACCACCCAGUUUUAUAAAAUCUCUUUUGGAACGUAAUUGUCUUAAAGGGACAGCGUCCUAUUUUGAGAUGUAAAACAAAUAUUCUCAAUUACAUACUUUUAAAGAAAAGUAAUGGCUUGUGUUGCGAAAUUAUAUUAAACAGAUUUUUUAAAUACAUUUAAUAGCUGAGAGAAAGAGAGAGAAAGCGUGCCAACAUAUUGGGCUCUGCAUGACCCCAGUGCAUCGAUUCUUUAAGGCCCAGUCACGCCGACUGGCCUAUUCGGGCCAGUGAGAUAAAAGCUAAUAGGCCGUCAUUGUAAAUAAGAAUUGGUUCUUAAAUUAACUGACUUGUCUAGUUAUAUAAAGGAGAAAAUAAUGUUGGACCCUGCAAUAGCCUAUGAAUAGGGCCCAGACCAUGACCCGGUUCAGGCACCAGAAAAGACACCUAUUAAUUAUUUUGCUAUGCUACUUUUGAACCUGUGGUGCCACCUCUGAUUCUGCAGCGUGUCCCCCUGCUGUCUGUCUUUAUGUUUUGUGCAAUGCUUUAAAAAAAAAAACAUUCCACAGGGUCUUUGGUGUGUCAGCGUGUGUACAGAUGUAUGUAUUUGUGGUGAUGGUGGAUGUGUAGUCAGUCACCAUGGCCACAAGAUGACAUGGUUACUAGAGCUGUAGAGAACCACGGUUUUGCUCUGAAAUGACUCCGUUAUUUCUAGAAAUAAAAUACUUUUUUAAUUAAUAUUCA